AUGUUGCGCGUAAUCGCCUUACUAGUGGUGGCCGCGGUGGCCGAGCACGACCGCGAGUUCACUGUGCGGGAGAACGCUCGGGCUGGCACUCUUGUUGGUAAUCUUGGCGAUGAACUACUUGAUGCCGCACCUCCAUAUACUAUAGUGCCAGUCCAAGGCAGUGCUGUCAAUGACGAUCUUAAAAUAGACCCUCAUACGGGAGAAAUAAGGACUCGAGUACCUCUUGAUCGAGAGAAUAGAGACCAUUAUGCUCUCGUAGCUAUACCCGCCAGUGGUGAUAAUAUCCGAGUCGUUAUCCGAGUCUCUGAUGAGAACGACAAUGCUCCAACUUUUCCUACACCCGUUAUGAACGUUGAGUUUUCUGAGAAUACACCUAGAGACGUUAAAAGAAAACUUAACCCAGCUAGGGAUCAGGAUUUAGGUAUAUUUAAUACACAAAGGUAUAACAUAGUGUCCGGUAAUACGGAAAACGCGUAUAGGCUCUCCUCACAUAGGGAGUUAGAUGGUGUUCUAUAUUUAGACCUUCAAAUAAAUGGAUUUCUUGAUAGGGAAACCACAGACCACUAUGAAUUGGUUAUAGAAGCAUUAGACGGUGGCACACCACCUCUAAGGGGAACUAUGACUGUAAAUAUAACAAUUUUAGAUGUAAAUGACAAUCCCCCAGUGUUCGCUGAAAGUGCAUAUUCUGCAACAAUACCGGAAAAUGCCACUAUUGGAACCACCGUUUUGAAAGUUUCAGCAACUGAUUCCGAUGCUGGAGAAAACGGAUUAAUCGAAUACUCAAUUAAUAGAAGACAAAGUGACAAAGAGAAUAUGUUUAAAAUAGACCCAGAAACGGGGGAGAUUACUGUUAAUAAGGCUUUGGAUUUUGAAACCAAAGAAUUACACGAACUUGUCGUUGUCGCUAGAGACAAAGGUGCACAAACAUUAGAAACGACGGCGUUCGUGUCUAUUCGGGUUACAGACGUUAAUGAUAAUCAGCCUACAAUAGACGUGAUAUUUUUAAGUGAUGAUGCAACUCCAAAAAUAUCUGAAUCCGCGCAGUUAGAUGAGUUUGUUGCUAGAAUAUCUGUGCACGAUCCAGAUUCUAAAACGGAAUACGCAAAUGUUAAUGUUACUUUGAGUGGUGGUGAUGGACAUUUCGAUUUGCGGACGCAUGAUAAUAUCAUCUAUUUAGUUGUAGUUGCGUUGCCGUUGGAUAGAGAAACUAGAUCUACCUAUACUUUAAGUGUAGUUGCUACCGAUAAGGGUUCGCCUCCAUUACACGCGUCGCGAAACAUCAGUCUUCGGGUGACCGACGUAAACGACAAUCCUCCAGUAUUCCUUGAGAGUGUGUAUAAAAAUAGUGUUCCUGAAGCUGCAGCGCCUGGUACGCCCGUCGUACAGGUAUCUGCAUCUGAUGCAGAUGAGGGGGAGAAUUCCGAAAUUCGGUAUUCAUUAUUGCCAACACCCCAAUCGGAAUGGUUUGCAAUUGAUGAGCGUUCUGGAUUAGUGACAACGCGUGCUCGGGUAGAUUGUGAAACGAAUCCCAUGCCAAAAUUAACAGUGGUGGCUACUGACCGCGGCUCACCUCCUUUGUCAUCAACUGCUACUUUGCUAGUGACCGUUUUGGAUGUGAACGACAACGAGCCUAUCUUCGACCAGUCUUUCUACAACGUCACCGUAUCCGAGAGCGAAGCCGUCGGCAGCUGCAUUUUAAAGGUAUGUUUUUGUUCUAAAUUCAAGGAUCAUAGUUAA